CUGCCUCCUGGCCAGGCUGCGGUUGGCCGGAGUGAUCGCGUUCCCUGCACCCAGGCGGGGUCCCCCGACCCGUGCCGUGUCCCGAGGGAGCAAGCUGGAAGGAAGCUCACCCUACCCAGAGUCCUCCGUGCUCUAUGCACAUCCACUCCCGGGCUCCCCUGGGGACACCGCGCUGCUGCUCCACCGCUCCCUGGGACCAACCACCCCAUCCCCACCUGGUCGGGGCACGCGUGGAAGGGAGCUGCUCGCCGAGCUCAGCUCACUCUGGCCCUACCUGUCUCGCAGGGUGGGAGCCGGUCUGGAAGAUGCGGCUCCUCUUGCAAGUCCUGAUGGGGCUGCUGCUGGCGGCUUCUGCCCAGGGCAGGGCAAUGGAGCCAGAGCUAUUUGAGAGACCAUUGCUGGAGUCAGAAGAGGAACAUCUCCUGCUGGAUCCAGGCAACACGUUGAAGCUCUACUGUGAUGCCAACCAGAGUGGUGCCAACGUGGUCUGGUACAAGGAGUCCCGUCCACUCGUCCUGGGAAAUCGCAUCCGCCUGCGGCAGAACCUGCUGGAGAUCUCAGAGGUCGCCUACGAGGACUCAGGGCUCUACAUCUGCCGGGCGCAAGGGACUGGGGAGAUCCUGCGCAACUUCACCAUCUCCAUUGUGGACUCACUGGCUUCAGGUGAUGAUGAUGAAGACAGUGAUGGAGAUGGUCCCCACAGAGACCGAAAUGAAGAUCCCAUCUAUAUGCACAGAGCUCCUUACUGGACUCACCCACAUCGGAUGGACAAGAAGCUGUAUGCAGUACCCGCAGGAAACACAGUGAAGUUUCGCUGCCCAGCCUCGGGCAGCCCCAGCCCCAGCAUCCGCUGGUUCAAGAAUGGGCGAGAGUUCCGGGGGGAGCACCGCAUCGGGGGCAUCCGGCUCCGGCACCAGCACUGGAGCCUGGUGAUGGAGAGCGUGGUGCCUUCUGACCGUGGAAACUACACCUGCCUGGUGGAGAACAGGUUUGGCAGUAUCCACUACAGCUACCUCCUGGAUGUGCUGGAGAGGUCCCCGCACAGGCCCAUCUUGCAGGCUGGAUUGCCUGCCAACACCACAGCCCUGGUGGGCAGUGACGUUGAGUUCUUCUGCAAGGUCUACAGUGAUGCCCAGCCCCAUAUCCAGUGGCUGAAACACAUUGAAGUGAAUGGCAGUAGCUAUGGUCCCGAUGGGGUUCCCUAUGUGCAAGUGCUCAAGACUGCAGACAUUAACAGCUCUGAGGUGGAGGUGCUGUAUCUACGCAAUGUCUCCAUGGAGGAUGCUGGGGAGUACACCUGCCUGGCCGGGAACUCCAUUGGCCUCUCCUACCAGUCUGCCUGGCUCACUGUCCUGCCAGAAGAGGAGCUGGUGCGGGAAGCUGAAGCCCCCGAGGCCAAGUACACUGACAUCAUCAUCUACACCUCGGGCUCACUGGCUGUGGCCAUGGCCAUCAUCAUUGUGGUGCUGUGCCGGAUGCAGACUCAGUCAAGCAAGCAGCCCCUGGAGCCCAUGGCAGUCCACAAGCUCUCCAAAUUCCCACUCAUCCGACAGUUCUCCCUGGAUUCCAGCUCCUCCAGGAAGUCCAGCACAUCCCUGAUGCGUGUCACCCGUCUCUCCUCCAGCUGCGCUCCAAUGCUGGCUGGAGUCAUGGAGCUGGACCUGCCCCUCGAUGCCAAGUGGGAGUUCCCUCGAGACAAGCUUCUGCUGGGCAAGCCCUUGGGAGAAGGCUGCUUUGGCCAGGUGGUGCGGGCAGAGGCUUAUGGCAUUGACCGAGAACGGCCAGACAGAGCCAUCACCGUGGCUAUCAAAAUGCUAAAAGACAAUGCCACUGACAAGGAUCUGGCUGACCUCAUAUCUGAGAUGGAGAUGAUGAAGCUCAUGGACAAGCACAAAAACAUCAUCAACCUCCUGGGAGUCUGCACGCAGGAUGGGCCGCUGUACGUGAUUGUGGAGUUUGCUGCUAAAGGCAACCUGCGUGAAUACCUCCGUGCCCGCCGCCCCCCAACACCUGACUACGCUUUCGACGUCACAGCGAUGCCAGAGGAGCAGCUCUCCUUCAAGGACCUGGUCUCCUGUGUCUACCAGGUGGCCCGUGGCAUGGAGUACCUGGAGUCAAAACGGUGCAUCCACCGUGACCUGGCUGCCCGCAAUGUGCUGGUCACAGCAGAGAGUGUGAUGAAGAUUGCUGAUUUUGGCUUGGCCAGGGAUGUCCAUGACAUUGACUACUACAAGAAAACCAGCAAUGGUCGCCUGCCAGUGAAGUGGAUGGCACCUGAGGCCCUGUUUGACCGUGUCUACACCCACCAGAGUGAUGUAUGGUCCUUUGGGAUCCUGAUGUGGGAGAUCUUCACACUGGGGGGCUCCCCCUACCCUGGCAUCCCUGUAGAGGAACUCUUCAAACUGCUCAAGGAGGGCCACCGCAUGGACCGACCAUCUAACUGCACCCAUGAGCUGUACAUGCUGAUGCGGGAGUGCUGGCAUGCUGUACCUUCACAGCGUCCCACCUUCAAGCAGCUUGUGGAGGGACUGGACAAGAUCCUGGCAGCUGUUUCAGAGGAGUACCUGGACCUCUCCAUGCCCUUCGAGCAGUACUCGCCCUCCUGUGAGGACACCGCCAGCUCCUGCUCCUCUGACGACUCUGUCUUCACCCACGACCCACUGCCGCUGACUCCCUGCCUCUUCUCCUAUCCCAGUGUGAGGACUUAAGGGCAGGCAGGGAAGGGUGAUGCCAAGGCCACCUCUAGCCUUAAGGGGAGCGGGUCUGGGUGCCUGCAGGUUCCCUGCUUUGUCCAAUGUGAGUGGUGGGUGGGCAGAGCCCUGAGCCGAGCCACAGCAGCAGGGCAGGGUGUCUCUCUCUCUCCGGGCUCUCUUUUGUCUCUGAACCUUCAGUCCUGGCUGAGACCUGCCUGGCAUUGCAGGACAGUGGCAGCCAGAGCCCCUCUAAGUCAGGCACUGCCUGGGAUGCCCAUGGCUUCGCUCAGGGACCCAGGCUUUGGCCAGAGCUUCAGUGGAAGUAUCUCUGGGUGGGAGCACUGCUGCCUGUGGGCUUCUGCUGCAUCUGUACAUAGCCAUAGAGAUGAAUAUUUAUGUACAUGAAAUAUCGACCUGAUAAAUUAUUUUUUUUAUUAGACCCUGGCAGAGUUUCUGGGCUGCUUCUGGGCUGAUGAAGGGCUGAGCUGAGCUGGGAAGGCAGGUUGGGGACUUUCUCCUCACCCCAGCCAGUGCAGGGGCCUGUGAGUGCUCCAGGGGAGCACAGAGGCACUGCCACAGGUGCAGGAAGCAGUGUCCCCACUCCCGUGCCUCCAGGCCCACUCCAGCACAAAGCACCCUCGCAUCUGUUCCCCAUUAGCUGCUGCUGCACUAAGCCACCAUGAACUCCGCUACCAGCAUCGCCCUGAAACUGAUCCCUCAACUGCCGCAGGCUCACAGGCUGGGAAAGCACUCUGGGGCCCAGCCCCAUGUGCUGGGGACCCCCUGCACCCCCUGCCUGUGUCAGCCCUGAGACUCUAGAUGA